AUCCACUCAGUGCUUUCUUUCAACCCCUGUCCCGUCGCCACUCAUUGCCUCCCAAGGUGUAGACAGACUGGCCGACCUGCAGGUAUCCUAAGCCCUAGAACCUGUCAGCUGUCUCCAUUCUUUCAUCCUUAUCUCUUUCGUAUCUUCUACUAUUUGAUACUUCUUUGUCCAGGCUACAGAUUUUUAGUUUUGUCCCUUCCAUGUGUUGUCCCCACAAUGAUUGCAGCAGAGUUAACUGCACAGCUGAUUUUGGCACCCCUGCUUAAUUCUGUCGUCACUUCCAGCACUUCCGAAUCGUCCACUGGACAGACGUCUCCCAGCUGAGAAUCCUGUCCCUCCCUUCCCAUCGCUAACCCUCAGUAACACCGCAGGCAGCUCAAAGAAAAAAGGCUAAUGAGAGCUGAGGAAAAUGGACGCUGUAUUACUAAGCUGGAAAACAUGGGUUUUCGAGUGGGACAAGGAUUGAUAGAAAGGUUUACAAAAGAUACUGCAAGGUUCAAGGAUGAGUUAGAUAUCAUGAAGUUCAUUUGUAAAGAUUUUUGGACUACAGUAUUCAAGAAACAAAUCGACAAUCUAAGGACAAAUCAUCAGGGCAUCUAUGUACUUCAGGACAACAAAUUUCGCCUGCUUACUCAAAUGUCUGCAGGAAAGCAGUAUUUAGAACAUGCGUCUAAGUAUUUAGCAUUUACAUGUGGCUUAAUCAGAGGUGGCUUAUCAAACUUGGGGAUAAAAAGUAUUGUAACAGCUGAAGUAUCUUCAAUGCCUGCCUGUAAAUUUCAAGUGAUGAUACAGAAGUUGUAGAACCUACUGAAAUGCAAGACUUCCAUAGUGUGAAGAGAUAAAUUAUUCCUGUAUAAAGUAUUUCAAGUAGCAAUGGUUUAAUUACAUUGUUGGACAUUUGAAUUGAUAUAAGCUAUUUGCUAACUUAUAUAAUGAAAGAUGCAUUCUUAAGCAGGAGUAAGAUUGUAUUUUAUCAAUUUAACAUAGACCAAGUUAAAACAGGUAAAAGAACAUUCUACCAUAACAUACACUUGACUGAAACUACUCGAAAUGAAAACCUGAUUUCAAAUAACUAAACACCAACAUAGGACCCUUAUUUAAACGUUCUUAUUUGCUUAGAGUGAUGUGUAUCUAAUCAGAGAUGGAGAAGCAAAACUCAGGGUGUGGGAAAUUAGCAUAAAGAAAAGUAUACACCAAUCAGAAUUAUUUGUGUAAGAAUUAACAAAUUUUGGUUUGUUUUAUGAAUUUGUUACUUAAAAAAGCAAACAGUACACUAAAUUAAACUUAAUUAUUUUAUUGCUUAUAAUUUAUUUCUAUUAAGAAUUUUUAUGCCUGUUUAAGGAUUUCAUUAUAUACAUUGUGUUGUGUGUGUGUGAUAUAUAUAUCUGACUGCCUAAGUCACUUAAAAACUUUUAUUUCACUUUAAUAGAAUUCAGUUCUUGAGAGCUCCAUUAACGUAACAAAGUAAAAUAUAUAGAUAAAGUGAGAUAUAGACAAGAAUUCAGUGACUCCAGGGCCAAAGAAUAUUAGUAUCUCUCUCACCUUCUCUUCCGUCUGAUGACCAAGAAAGGACAAGUAUAAAGAUGAAAGCUAUCAUCACACUGGCAGGAUGCACAGAUAGAAAGCACCUGAAUUGUGCUUCUGAAUUAACCAAUCCUGAAAUUGCUUUACCUUUGGACUGUUUGUUAUGUUGAGAUAAUAAAUUCCUUACAUUGUUUAA